CUUUAUCAUCACUCUCUGCCAUUUGCCGUCCCGAGCGUCAUUCUUGCUGCUGUUGUUGCCUAUUGCAGCCCUUCCUUGCUGCGUCACUUCCAUUCGAACUCUCCCCCAUUUUAUACCUUCCCGUAUUCCAAGCAACGGAAGGGGCAUAAUCGACGAGGAGUGGAGACGUAUUAUUGCUGUCACUAUGGACGAGGAACAAGAGAGCGAAGAUGUGGCCAUCGGACACCUCAAGAAGCAUAUCGAUGCUCUUGGACCUGACGUAUACGCCAUCCAUCUAUCGCAGGAUAGCGAAUUAGUCUCGGUCUCUACCAACCCCGAAGAUGACGAAGCGACCUGCGUGUACUAUCCUCCGCUACAGGCGAUUCUGCGACCCGACCAUGUCAAGACUGUGCUCCGUUUGGAUCUACUCGAGCUGGAUCGACUUUCUCCAAAUGUCGACCUUGUUUCGUAUACGCCAUGCGCCAACGCCACAGAAACAAGAAAAGCAGUCUUUAAGUACUACUUCCUCUUCCAGUUCCUUCACAAGCUGUGGCAUGAGAUUAACUUGUGGAUGCGCCUCCCCUCGCAUCCAAACCUUGUACCGUUCGACCGACUUGUGCUUGACAAGCUAUAUGGCCAUGUCGUCGGCUUUACAAGCCUUUACAUCCCUGGCGGCACGAUAAGCGAGAACAAGUCACGUUUGUUUAAGCUAGAGUGGCUCCGGCAGUUGACUUGCGUCAUCGACGACUUGAAUCUCAAGUACGGCAUUGUUCACCAGGAUGUUGCUGCGCGGAAUCUUCUUAUCAACCCUAAGACAGACGCCUUAUGCUGUUCGACUUCAACUAUAGCGGCCGGAUCGGUGGCAUUGGACACGCAGAGGACCGAGAUGACGUGAAAGGCGUCAUAUUUACCCUUUACGAAAUCAUCACCCGCGACAUCCAUUUCCGGGAUAUUCCUUAUGAUCAACAAAAUCCAGCCGAUGUAGAACGGCUAGAAGAGUGGAUGCAGCAUCCGGAUGUUAAGCUUGACCAUUCU